CUGGAUUAAGUGAUCUUUGUCAUGCAGACCAUGGUCAGCAACUAGGCUGUCAUUGUCAAAAACAAAGGAGCUAAAAAAUUCCUCGGACUGUACUGUGUCGAGGCUCUGACUCCAAGACUCUAGACAGAUCGGAGCAUUAUUGACAUCUCCUCGGGGUGGCACAGUAGUGAAAAUCUCUAUUAUGAUUCGAACACAGCUCACACAUCUCGGUCCGAUAAACAACAUGACUCCAGGGGACCCAUGGCUCUGGGGAUCAGAGGAUGCCGAGCAGCUGCUUGACGCUGCCAAAUACAACCUCGGAACUCCCAGAAGCUACGAAUUGUCCAUUCAGCAAGACCUUCUCCCAGAAGUCGACCAAUUGAUACAACAGUUGACGAAUCUGAUUACCAUCAACAAGGGCCAUCGGUCUAGGGACAUGAAUACGAACAUCUGGAGGCUGUCUUGGGUUACGGCGAGCAGCGCUCAUCACAAUCCAAUCAAGUCAACUUUCACAGCGAAACUUGAGUUAUUUGAAUAUCCUGAAGACCAUAAUUGAAUCGAUUGAGUCGAUUGCGACUUGAUUGACAUACUUGAGAUGAUUGCGAUGCCUGCCAGCA